AUGACUAACUAUGAAUACAGUGUGGGAGGGAGAAUAUGGCUAGUGUGGAGAGAUGAUGUUUGUAUGACGCCAGUUUAUAAAUCUGAUCAGCUUAUAACUUGCUCUGUGGGGUUGCAAGGCAAGGAUGAUUUCUUUUAUACUGGAGUUUAUGCAAAUAAUUUGGCAGAGGAAAGGAAGGAACUAUGGGAAGAUCUUUGUCACCAUCAAGAUUCUGCUAUGUUCCGUCGUAAAGCUUGGAUGAUUGUAGGAGAUUUUAAUGAGAUUUUGGAUGGCGAGGAGAGUUCAGGGUUUCUGGAAAAUGGUAGGGUAUCAGGAGGUAUGAGAGAGUUCCAAAAUGUGGCUCUGCAUUGCAACUUAUCUGAUAUGGGUUAUCAGGGCUCUAUGCUUGGUGUAACAAGAGAGAAGAGGGAUUCAUAUCUUGGUAAAGAGAAGCUGGGAGAGCUCUCGAAGAAAGCAAAAGAAGCUCAUGAGUUCCUCUGUGAGAAACAAAAGAAGACUCUUGAUGAUCCGAGUGCAAGUUCCAUACAAGAGGAAGCAGUGGCUUAUGAGCGUUGGCUUCAUACGUUUCAUAAUGCCAUCAGAGUUCGUAAGGCGCAAAACUCUAUUCGAGAGAUAAGAUGUUCUAACGGGAGUUCGGUUACUAAGCCGAAGGAUAUUAAAGAAGAAGCAGUCCGGUUCUUUUCAGAGUUUCUCAAUAAGUUUCCUGAUAAUUACACUGGUGCUACUUCAGAAGAAUUAGAAGAGCUGCUAAAGUUUCGUUGUUCUGAAGAGGAUUGUAGUUUGUUGGAGGCACAUGUGACUGCUGAGGAGAUACGUAAAGUGGUCUUUGCUAUGCCAUCUAACAAGUCGCUUGGCCCUGAUGGCUUCCCAAGCGAGUUUUUCAAAAUAACUUGGCCCAUUGUUGCUCAAGAUUUUACUAUAGCUGUUCAAUCUGUCUUCAGGUUUGGGUUUCUUCCCAAAGGAGUAAACUCCACAAUCCUGGCACUUGUUCCAAAGAAGACAGACUCGCUAGAGAUGAGAGAUUACCGCCCUAUAGCUUGCUGUAACGUACUCUAUAAGGUUGUUUCAAAAAAUUUAGCAAACAGACUCAAGUUGAUCCUUCCCCGUGUCAUCUCAGAGUGUCAGUCUGCUUUUGUGAAAGGAAGACUGUUGAUGGAUAAUGUCAUGUUAGCUACUGAGCAUAUCGAAAGGAGACUGUCUCGCCGAGAUUCUGGAAGCAAUAGGGGUCCCAGAAAGGUUUAUACAUUGGAUAAAGCUGUGUAUAUCAACUCCUUCGUUCUCGGUUCAGGUGAAUGGCGAGCUUGCAGGAAGAUUGAUAAGGCAGUGCAUGAGAGGAAGUUUCAGUUUCAUCCUAAGAGUAAAAAUCUUUCUCUUACUCAUCUAUGUUUUGCCGACGAUCUAAUGGUGUUUGUAGAAGGAACGAAAGAGUCUAUUGAGGGAGCAUUGUCUGUGUUUGAUGGUUUUGCCAAAUGGUCGGGCCUGAGUAUCAGUAUUGAGAAGUCGAUGGUUUAUAUGGCUGGUAUUCAAGAGGACGAAAAGAGGAGAAUUUUGGGUGUGAUAUUUGAUCUUGCGGGCGAGAGAGGGUUUAUUGCUUUGGGUAUAAGAAAGGAAGCCACUCUGGAGGAAGCGGUGCUGAAUUUAAGACGGAGAAGACAACAUAGAUCAGAGGUUUUGCGAGAGAUAGAGGAGGCUCUUGAAUCUGUGAGAAGUAAGAUUCAGAGUGAGAAGAUGGAUUUUCUAAAAUUUGUGGAGAAGACGGCUCCCAUUGCGGUUUACACAUCUGGAAAGGGUUCAUCAGCUGCUGGACUCACUGCUUCUGUGAUUAGAGAUAGCAGCACACGCGAGUUCUAUCUUGAAGGUGGGGCUAUGGUUUUGGCUGAUGGAGGGGUUGUGUGUAUCGAUGAAUUUGACAAGAUGAGGCCGGAAGAUAGAGUUGCUAUUCAUGAAGCAAUGGAGCAGCAGACCAUCUCCAUUGCUAAAGCUGGGAUAACAACUGUCCUAAACUCUAGAACCUCGGUUCUUGCAGCUGCUAACCCUCCCUCUGGUCGAUAUGAUGAUCUUAAGACUGCACAAGACAACAUUGACUUGCAGACGACAAUUCUUUCUAGAUUUGAUCUUAUCUUCAUUGUCAAGGACAUCAGGAAGUAUUCCCAAGACAAGGAAAUAGCCAGCCAUAUUAUAAGGGUUCAUGCAUCUGCAGACAAAGUUACAGAUGAAAACACAGAUUCUAAGGAAGAUAAUUGGCUCAAGAGAUAUAUACAAUACUGUCGAUCAAGAUGUCAUCCUCGUCUCACAGAAGCCGCAGCUAUGAAGCUGCAGCAGCAAUAUGUCAAGAUCAGAGAGGAUAUGAAGAGACGUGCACAUGAAACAGGAGAGGCUGCCCCAAUACCUAUCACAGUCAGACAACUCGAAGCUAUUGUCAGACUGAGCGAGUCGCUUGCAAAAAUGAGACUGUCACACGACGCCACAGAAGAUGAUGUAGGCAAAGCUUUUAAGCUUUUCGAUACCUCAACAAUGGAUGCAGCAAGGUCAGGGAUAAAUCAACAGAUUAACAUAACGAGCGAGAUGGCCAACGAGAUAAAGCAAGCGGAAACACAGAUCAAGAGAAGAAUGGGGAUUGGAGCAAGGUUAUCAGAGAGAAGACUUAUCGAGGAUUUGGCUAGAAUGGGAAUGAACGAUUCAAUGGUGAGGAGGGCUCUGUUGAUAAUGCAUCAGAGAGGUGAAGUUGAGUACCAGCGAGAGAGACGUUCCAUUGUCCGCAAAGCUUGAUCUUCUUCUUCGCUCACUAUCUCUCUUCUUUAGUCUCUCAGGAUCUUCAAAAAGACAGUAUUCAGUAUUGUUAAGUUAAUUUGGAGGAACAGAAACUUACGUCAUGUGUAUUUGAUGAAGAUCCUUUAGUAAACUUUUAUGCCCUCUUGAAACUA